CGGCCCGCGGCUUCCGGUGCUGCGCAGUUUCCGGAGCGGAUCGCAACCCGGAGUCCGGAUCCGAGCCCGCUCUGCAGAUUCCAAAGGCAGGUGUCGGAGAUGGCCGAGGACGGCAGCGGGGAGAUCAUGUUCAUCUGGUGUGAAGACUGCAGCCAGUACCACGACUCUGAGUGCCCGGAGCUCGGCCCCGUGGUCAUGGUCAAGGACUCCUUCGUGCUCAGCAGGGCAAGGUCGUCCCUUCCUUCCAACCUGGAGAUCCGGCGGCUGGAGGACGGAACCGAAGGAGUGUUUGCCGUAACGCAGCUCGUCAGGCGGACCCGGUUUGGGCCCUUCGAGUCUAGGAGAGUGGCCAAGUGGGAGAAGGAGUCCGCAUUUCCACUGAAGGUAUUCCAGAAGGACGGCCACCCUGUCUGCUUCGACACCUCCAAUGAGGACGACUGCAACUGGAUGAUGCUGGUGCGGCCAGCGGAGGAGCACGGCCACCAGAACCUGACGGCCUACCAGCACGACGAUGACGUGUACUUCACCACCUCGCGCGACAUCCCCGCUGGUGCCGAGCUGCGCGUGUGGUAUGCCGCCUUCUACGCCAAGAAGAUGGACAAGCCCACGCUGAAGCAGGCCUGCCCCAGCACCCAGGCAGCGUGCACCCCAGAAAACAGUGCACCCGUGGACUCGGAGCCCAGCCAGUGGGCAUGUAAAGUGUGCACUGCCACCUUCCCGGAGCUGCAGCUCUUGAAUGAGCAUCUCUUGGGCCACUUGGAACAAGCCAAAAGUGCCCUUCCAGCCAGCCAGAAUGAAGCUCUUCCCGAGAAGGAGCCCGAGGUGCCCCAGGCAGAGCCCCCUGCGGUGCCCGAGAGUGCCACUGCCACCAAAGAGCAGAAGAAAAAGCCUCGAAGGGGUCGAAAACCCAAAGCUUCAAAAACCGAGCAACCUCUAGUCGUCGUGGAAAACAAGGAACCUGCAGAGCAAGUGGCAGAGAUCAUUGCGGAGGUCCCCGCGGACGAGCCUGUGGCCGCAGCCCCCGACGAGCGCAUCAUGGAGCUGGUCCUGGGGAAGCUGGCCACAACCGCUUCCGACGGCAGCUCAGUUCCCAAGUUCACGCACCAUCAGAACAGCACCGUCACCCUCAAGCGGAAUUUAAUCCUCUCCAGCAGACACGGCAUUCGGCGAAAGCUCAUCAAGCAGCUGGGCGAGCACAAGCGGGUUUACCAGUGCAACAUCUGCAGCAAAAUCUUCCAGAACAGCAGCAACCUGAGCAGGCACGUACGCUCGCACGGUGACAAGCUGUUUAAAUGCGAGGAGUGUGCAAAGCUGUUCAGCCGCAAGGAGAGCCUGAAGCAGCACGUGUCAUACAAGCACAGCAGGAACGAGGUUGACAGCGAGUACAGGCACCGGUGCGGCACCUGCGAGAAGGCCUUCCGCAUGGAGAGCGCGCUGGAGUUCCACAACUGCCGGACAGAUGACAAGACAUUCCAAUGUGAGAUGUGUUUCAGAUUCUUCUCCACCAACAGUAACCUUUCCAAACACAAGAAGAAGCACGGGGACAAGAAGUUUGCUUGUGAGGUCUGCAGCAAGAUGUUUUACCGCAAGGACGUCAUGCUGGACCACCAGCGGCGGCACCUGGAAGGAGUGAGGCGGGUGAAGAGAGAAGACCUGGAGGCCAGCAGCGAGAGCUUGGUCCGGUACAAGAAGGAGCCUUCCGGAUGCCCAGUGUGUGGCAAGGUGUUCUCCUGUCGGAGCAACAUGAACAAGCACCUGCUGACGCACGGCGACAAGAAGUACACCUGCGAGAUCUGCGGGCGCCGGUUCUUCCGUGUGGACGUGCUCAGGGACCACAUCCACGUCCACUUCAAGGACAUCGCCCUGAUGGACGACCACCAGAGGGAGGAGUUCAUUGGCAAGAUCGGCAUCUCCUCGGAAGAGAACGAUGACAACUCCGACGAGAGCGCCGACUCGGAGCCCCACAAGUAUAGCUGCAAAAGGUGCCAGCUCACCUUCGGCCGGGGGAAGGAGUACCUCAAGCACAUCCUGGAGGUGCACAAGGAGAAGGGCUACGGCUGCAGCACCUGCAACCGGCGCUUCGCCCUCAAGGCCACCUACCACGCCCACAUGGUCAUCCACAGGGAGAACCUUCCGGACCCCAAUGUGCAGAAGUACAUCCACCCCUGCGAGAUCUGUGGGAGGAUCUUCAACAGCGUGGGGAACCUGGAGCGCCACAAGCUCAUCCACACAGGUGUGAAAAGCCACGCCUGCGAGCAGUGUGGGAAAUCCUUCGCCCGGAAGGACAUGCUCAAGGAGCACAUGCGCGUGCACGACAACAUCCGCGAGUACCUGUGCGCCGAGUGCGGGAAAGGCAUGAAGACCAAGCACGCGCUGCGCCACCACAUGAAGCUGCACAAGGGCAUCAAGGAGUACGAGUGCAAGGAGUGCCACCGCAAGUUCGCGCAGAAGGUCAACAUGCUCAAGCACUACAAGCGGCACACGGGGAUCAAAGACUUCAUGUGUGAGCUGUGCGGGAAGACAUUCAGCGAGAGGAACACCAUGGAGACCCACAAACUCAUCCACACGGUGGGCAAGCAGUGGACGUGCUCCGUCUGCGACAAGAAGUACGUCACCGAGUACAUGCUACAGAAGCACGUGCAGCUCACGCACGACAAGGUGGAGGCGCAGAGCUGCCAGCUGUGCGGGACCAAGGUGUCCACCCGGGCCUCCAUGAGCCGGCACAUGCGGCGCAAGCACCCCGAGGUCCUCGCCGUGAGGAUCGAUGACCUGGACCACCUGCCAGAGACGACCACCAUCGACGCCUCCUCCAUCGGCAUCGUUCAGCCGGAACUGACUCUGGAGCAGGAAGAGUUGGCUGAAGGGAAGCACGUGAAAGCCGCCAAGCGCGCGCACAAGAGAAAGCAAAAACCGGAAGAGGCGGCGGCCGCGCCGGCACCCGAGAGCACCCCGUUCAGCGAGUACCCCGAGAAGGAGGCCGAGUUCCCGGGCAGCGUGGGCGACGAGACCAGCUCCGCCGUGCAGAGCAUUCAGCAGGUGGUGGUGACACUGGGGGACCCCAAUGUCACCACGCCCUCGAGCUCGGUUGGCCUGACCAACAUCACCGUGACCCCCAUCACCACUGCAGCCGGGACUCAGUUUACCAACCUCCAGCCGGUGGCCGUCGGCCACCUCGCCACCCCAGAACGCCAGCUGCAGCUGGACAACUCGAUCCUGACCGUGACGUUCGACACCGUCAGUGGCUCUGCCAUGCUGCACAACCGCCAGAAUGACAUCCAGAUCCCUCCCCAGGCGGAGGCCACCAACCCGCAGUCCGUGGCCCACUUCAUCAAUCUCACCACCCUGGUCAACUCCAUCACGCCCCUGGGCAGCCAGCUCAGCGAGCAGCACCCGCUCACGUGGCGGGCCGUGCCCCAGGGAGACGUGCUGCAGCCCCCAGCACCCCAGGUCCCACAGCAGCAGGCGGCCCCGCCCCAGGUCGCGGCCGAGCCCCAGCCACAGAUGUACAGCUACUGAGGCGUCGUGCGAGAACUCGGGAGUAGAAAUGCAGAGGGGGUUGGGGGUUUUGAGAUUUGCUUGCUGGAUACCAAAACAAACAAAAUCAUACAUUGCGAUGUAAGUAAAGGUCAACUUAGCUUUUGCAGAGUUACCUCCAAAUCCCCCAACAACCAUCACCGUCGGUCAGCUUAGCCCAAGAAGUGACCCCUGGCAGGCAAGAGUCAACGAGGCUUUGCCUUCCCCAAGGGCAUGGGUCCUGGGCGGUGGGCACGUUCCCAGCCUACCGGAGCAAGGCCCUGUUCUCUUGACUGAUGGACACAGGGUUUGGGAAGUUAAACAUACAGAGAAAUAGGAUCACAGGAGGCAAGUGGGAUGUUGUUAGCAACUUGCACCGUUGAUUUUGUUUUUCCUUUUAGAGCUCAGUUAUUGUGUUAAAAACUGUUCACGUGGCAACAUUCAGCAAUGAGUGUUUGCUCCUCACUUCUGGGUUUUUUUAGCAAAUGAGCAGACAAAGUAACAUUCACAUUCUUCUUUGAAAUUGGAGUCAAGUUGAAUUUGUUGAACAACCCUGGGCUAAAGCCAUGUGUGGAAGACGGUGGCAGCUCAGGGCUGUCCCCCAGCCUUCACAAGACCACAUGAGGGCUCGGGUAUAUGAGAGGCAGUUAGUGAGAGAAUAUAUACAUCCAUUUUUAAUAUAGUUUUUUCAUGGUUUUAACUUUAUUUCAGGCAUACAUUAUGUAUUCAGGACUGUUACAGCCAGUGUGGGUUUCUAAUUGGAUUUUAGCCUGGUAAAGUCACCUGCACUGUAGGACUGGCUGUCCGUGCCCACUUUCACACACCCUCCUUGCGAGCAGCAAGGCUACCCUCACGCUGUCUCUUCUGGUGGCUCCUUUGGAGUUAUCUCAGGAUCCUCUGCCAUCCAAAUGUAUUUAUUAUGGCCGAAGGUCAGCCAAAGUCCACGGAAAGACAGAAGGAGGAAGGAAUUGGGGUUUUCUUUCUGUUUAAACUGUAAUCCCAAAGGUUGAUGUAUUUUGAGACCAAUUUUCUUUAAAAAUCUUGAAUAAGUCUGGUGCUUUAAGUGGAAAAGUAUAGGUGUUUCUGAAGCUCAAUGAUUCUGUGGUUUCCUGCCAGGUACUCGUGAAAGCAGAAGAGGGCAGGUCAGUGAUAGAAGCAGGAAGGGGCCGAGGCAGCGCCCGGCUGAGGGGCCCUGGCCCUGCCUGCCCGGGACACACACUUCCACAUGUGGGCCCCGCGUCGGAGGGCACGGACAAGGCUCGCUGAGCGUGGGGCCCAGCAGGCAGCCCGCCGUCCAGCCACGGAGACAAAGAGCCAUGGGGAAAAGAAGCCACGUGUUUACUCUCCUGAUCUUCUUUAGUGUCAUCCAAAAUGAAAUGACAGAUUCACCUUCACGUGCCGUGGUCACUGUCCCAGCUCCUCCGUGACUUGGCGGAGCGUCUGAAGAGGUGCUGAGGGGGGUUAAGGAGUGGACAGAGGGGGCCCGAGCCGCCGAUGUCGCUAAGAACGCAGAGAUGACUUGCUAUCAGAAGGCAACUCUCCGAGCACUUCCCGGCAUUCCAAAGGUUCGGCCGUUGGGGCGAGGGCUGGAAUUUGUUUCGUGCAAUACCUGCUUUCAUGAGCAAAGUGAAGCUUCCCACCCCGGCCACGUGCCACAGGAAGCGUCAGAGUUCACCCGGCUCACACACACGUGCUCACUUUCACACACUCCCACCGCUCGGUCGAAUUAAUGGAGAUGUUUGACUUUUUAAUUUAUGAUAAUUAUUUUUAUGUUAUUUAUGUAUAUAAUUCACUGCUUUAUACAUAACCGUAUCAUCAAAUGAGAUUGGGAUGAGGGUGAUACGUUUUCUAAAAUAUUGUCUCUGUUCUCCAAAUAGAAGUGGUCCAGGUAUCCAUGAAAUCAGAAAGAGCUCCAAGGUUCCCAAGAUAUAUUUUUUUUAAUCACGGACGAUUGCUUUUUGCCUUUGAAGGGCCAACAACCUAGUAGAGAACACAAAAAGUCUGCGAGCUCACAAACACCCGCAAGAACUUGUCUUGUUCUCUUCCCUAUGAAAUAAAGGCCUUUAAAUCACAAUCGUAUUUUUCUACAGAAGGUGUUUUGUGCCUAGAGUAAGAUGCAUCAGCCGUUUUUAAGGAAACUAAUUUAGAUUGUGUGGCCCCGUGCACUGCCACUGUUUAUUUCAAUACCCAGACGUGUCAUACGUCUUGUUAUAAUAAGUGAGAACUCCAAAUAAAAAUCAGACUUGGUCCCAAGUUGUCAGUAGACAUAUUUGGUCUUAAUUGGGUCACUAUUAGAGACAAAACAGGUUCAUAUUGUCUUAAAACAGUUGCUGUGGAUUUGCAUAUAAGAAACUGGAUAGCAAAAGAAAAGCACUUCUCAGAAAAAAGAGUUGUGGAGGUGAGUUGUCCCACAUAUAUAUCAUCUGUUGAUUGACAGUUUUGAUUUGUCUAACUGCUCCGAGCUGUGCAGAUAUGAUCCAAGGAAGAAUGUCCAUUGUUCUGGCCACCAAGUUCUGUGCAUUUUUCCUGGAUGUAAAAGAAUAAAUCAUGAGAAUUUAUUAUUAUUAUUUUUUUUUGCCCAUGGAUUUGCAAAGUUGUACACACCUGUUCUUAGGACGGUGUGAAUCUUACCGAGAUAGACCACCGGGCACGAGGCUUGGCAUGCAUCACGUGCUGCAGCUUGAGGAGGGUUGGAGCCCCUGGUCUGGUGUGCGCUGUGUCCUCAGGAAAAUGCUCCGUGCCCAGUGCCACCUCACGGCUGUCCGUGUGACGUCCUCUGGAGAGCUGGGUGUGGAGGCAGAUCCUCAGUUCCCUCUCCAGGCAGCACCCGUGACUUUCCCAUCGGAAUCUGAAAGGCAUUGAGACUGUUUUGAGAAUUGUGUGUCCCAUGUCACAUCAGUUUGUGUAAUGAUAAAUAAAAGGUGCUGUGACCUGUGUUUUUU